GUUGUCAUUGCAGUUGUAUACAUAAAUAAAUAGUUAGUUACUCUUUAAUCAUCAACGCCGCCGCACCGCAUAGCUCGCUAUAUUUCGGAAAAGCCACUCGGGCAAUUUUUAUUUCUCAAAUACCGAUAUUGUAUCGACAUGAAAUAAUCUUAAUAAAUUAUAUGAACUCGUUUUUAAUUUCAAUUAGAAUCCUCGGUGUUUUAUUUAUUAAAUUCCUCAGGUGCACCCGGCGCUCCCCUUUACCUACUCAAAAACCUAAACAUGGUCCUUCGUCCCUAAAAAGGCGACCCGCGGCCUGGCGACGAACUCUCCCCCUCAUAAGCGUACAUACAUAUCGUCACCUGAAAUGCAAAAUAACCGAUAGGCAGUGCGGCGGAAAACGCGUGUGCGAAACAAAAGUCAACACGAAAAAACUCAGUGAAAUUAAAUAAAGUGUACAUAUGUAUGUAAAAAACUAAAUACAAAAUCUUUAAACCGCGAAAAACAAAACUAAUAAUCUUUCCGCACCGGAAAAAAGAGACGAAACGUUAACGGAAAAUUAAAAAAGCCAAAUACAGUGAAAUUUAAAAUAAAAAACUAAUAUACAGUACAAAAAAAAAUAAUAAUUUUCAAAUAAGAACCAGAAAAGUUUCUUUCUUUUUCCGGCGCGAGCAGCAUAUUUGCGCCAAAUGCCCCUCCCAAACAGAUGCACAAAUAUAUACACUUCAUAAACAAAAGGCGCAGUGAAGGUGGCCGACAGCAACAUCAACAAUACCCGCAGCGGUCAGAGAAGCACCAACUUAACAACAGCGACAGGCAGAUUAAGGUAUCAGCGGUACGGUUCCAGAGAAGGCUAACUAAGAUGUUUCGCAAUUCUAGUCGUAUGUCUCCUCUCCUCUUUUUCCAGGGAUCUCGGGUCAGGCCGCCGGAAGACCAGACGUACCCACUAUACGAUGUUGCACCACUCCACCUCGCCGCAUCUGAACGCCACCGCCGAGAUGAUUCACCCACUAUCAGCCGUAGACGAACAGCGCUCCCCAACCGUAUAACCAACCUACAGGACUUACUUUUCCUCGCACCGGUGCAGGCGGGCCGGCAUGUUGAGGACAUGAGCCUCAAUCUCUUAGAAUUGUAAACCUAGUUUAAAUCCCUUUUGUUAAUCUGCGUGCGGCUGGCAACUCUUUGUGAAUUGAUUGAUUUGGUUUAGUUGUCAUUGCAGUUGUAUACAUAAAUAAAUAGUUAGUUACUCUUUAAUCAUCAACGCCGCCGCACCGCAUAGCUCGCUAUAUUUCGGAAAAGCCACUCGGGCAAUUUUUA